AUGGGCGUUGAUGCAUCCAUCGAUCGCGCGUGCUGUGCAUGGCGUGUAGCGACGACUGAUUUGGGAAUUGGUAUGAAGAUACAAGUAUCCAAGUAUGUAGAUAGAUGUGUAUUGUACAUGGAGGGAAACCGUCAGCGCAAUCAGAUUGUCGCCCCCGCCUUGCCGUAUGUGUGUGUGUGCCAACUUCCGCCGCACCAUCCUUGCCCUCGAGAUGCUACUUUGUGUCACCAACUCCAGCCGCGUCAUCACCAAGAACACCAACACCGGCAACACCAGCACCAAGCACCAACACCAGAUGAUGGGAUCGCAGACACCCGUCUCUUCAUCAGCACCCCAACAAUCGCCUUCACUUUCUCAAGAUUCAUAUCGACCACCACAGCCACCUACGCCCACCUACAAUUAUCACCCAUCGGGAACGCCUCAGCAGUCCAACUUUCCUUACUCAACCGGCCCUUCUCCAACACUCAGUCAACAUCAACAACAUAG